UGCUGUCCAGUUCGGAGACACGACACUGAAUUAAGACUAGGCGACUUUCCGCGGACAGCAUGGGGAUUGUAUCCGACUUGUAAACACAGCUGGAAUAAACGAAGCACGAUUUUUGGAACGUCUUCAGCAUCGCCUCUUUGGAUUUGUUCUUUUCCUCCCUUGUUUCUUCUGCUUCUUAAAACAAGAAAGAAGAAAAAAAGGUUGAACCUAGCACUUUUGGCAUUUAAAACCCAGCAGGAGUUUGUUGGCGGAUUGGCAAUGAGUGUGGUGUGUGUGUGAGCAGCUCCAGAGCUCGGUGGAUUCCCCCUGGCUUGAUGCGGUGUGAGUCCGAGCGACUCCGUGGUUCCGCACAGCCGCCAUCGGCGCGCCCAAAGCCGGCCUCGGUGUGAGCGGGGACUCGGUGCUGCGCCGUCACCUCCAACACCUCCUUCACCAGCACACUCACCUCCUCCUCCUCCUCCUCAUCCACCACCUCCUCUUUCUCCACCUCCUCCUCCUCCUCCUCAUGGCGCAGCGGUACGAGGAUCUGGUACAUUACGGAGGGGACGGCCUCGGGAUCCCGGCCCCGGCGGUGUACGGUGAGCCUCACGCGGCGGUGCGCGCCAUGCACGCGAUUAACGGGGGACCGGGCCCUGGUUCCGCCGCCGCCGCUCUUCACGCGCACCACUAUCCGCUGGCAGCGGUUUCAGGCGUGGGCUCGGCCGUUAACGACGCGCUAAAACGCGACAAAGACGCCAUUUAUGGACACCCGCUGUUUCCUUUGCUUGCACUGGUUUUCGAGAAAUGUGAAUUAGCGACGUGUACGCCGAGAGAAAGCGGCCUGGCGGCUGAUGUCUGCUCAUCCGCGUCCUUCGACGAGGACAUUACCGUGUUUUCAAAACAGAUAAGGACAGAAAAACCGUUUUUCACGCCCAAUUCAGACUUGGAUAACCUGAUGGUGCAAGCAAUACAAGUGCUGCGUUUUCAUCUUUUAGAAUUAGAAAAGGUCCACGAGCUUUGCGAUAAUUUCUGUCACCGGUACAUCAGCUGUCUGAAAGGGAAGAUGCCGAUGGACUUGGUGGUGGAUGACAGAGAAGGAUCUUCCAAAUCCGACAGCGAGGAAUUUAGUCGAAACUCCGGCGGCACCACAGAUCAAAUGUGUUGGAGGGAAGAUGACUCCGUCUCCGUUCACUCCACAGAAGGUCCAGCACCCUGCGGCGGACGGUCCAGUUCUCUCAAUGGAGACAACAGUAGUGAACAUGGUGACCUUUUGGACCACGGUGCCGCUUCUCCAAGCACAGGGGACGAUGAUGAGACGGACAAGGACAGGAGGAACAACAAAAAACGAGGGAUUUUCCCUAAAGUGGCAACCAACAUCAUGCGAGCAUGGCUCUUCCAGCACCUAACACACCCGUACCCAUCUGAAGAGCAGAAGAAGCAGUUAGCUCAGGAUACGGGUCUCACAAUCCUCCAGGUCAACAACUGGUUCAUCAAUGCCAGGAGAAGGAUAGUCCAGCCGAUGAUCGAUCAGUCGAAUCGUGCAGUAGGUCACAGUGGGCCGUACACUCCUGACAGUCAGCCAAUGGGAGGCUACAUGCUGGAUGGACAGGCUCACAUGGCAGCCAGAGCCCCAGGCUCACUGGGGAUGGGGAUGGACAGUCAAUGGCACUACAUGUAACCAAUGUGUACUGCAUCGUAACACCUACAUAGGUGUCAGCACCAAAGAUGGCGAAUCGUCAAUGCUACAAAUCCCAGGAGCCUGAUAAAUUACCUCUCCGUGGCUUAAGGAAUGCAAGUGCCUCGCUGCCACCACAGAGACUGCUGCAGCAGGCCGUUACAGCCGUCUCGUUCAAAAUGGCCGUCCCAGCUGGAGCUUGGCGAGGACUGGGACAUCAAUCAUAAUGGGUCAAAAAAAACAAAACGAAAAAAAAAAAAAAAGAUAAAAAGUAAAACACCUUUACUACUCCCAGCCUUACCUGCUGUAGGCUUGGUACAAAGACUGAACUGCCUUAAAGGAUAAGGACACUCAAAUGUUAAACCUCAAAAAAAUAUUUUAUCCAGGUGUUUAAAAGUUUUUUUUUUUUGGUCAGAAAUGAUCUCCAAUAGACAGUCUUUAACUACUGCAUAAAACACUAAUUGAUAUCAUGUUGGGAUGUUUUGUGAAUUAAUAAUGUAUUUACCUACAUAUUUACCUCUGAUUCUUUAUUUAUGUAUUGGCUUAAAAGCAGAGAUUGUAACAGCAAUCAGAUGUCCAUAGGUACAACAUCAACUUCCUAAGUUUGAGGAUUAGCUUCCUUAGCUACACCAUUAGCUACUUAAAUUACAACAUCAACUCCCUUGGUUACAUCAUCAGUUUCCUUAGUAACAGAAUCACCUUCUUUAGCUACAGUGCUAACGUUACUUAGUUACAGGAUCAUCUAACUUAGUUACAACAUCAGCAUCCUUAGAUACAUUGUGAGCUUCUUAGUAACGGCAUCGGUUUCCAUGGCAACAGCAUCACCUUCUUUAAAGAGCUAACUUAUUGGUUACAGCAUUACUGUAGCUUACUUAGUUAUAGCAUCAACUUCCUUAGUUACAGCACUAAUGUCUUUACUGUAGUUAUAGCAUCAAUAUUAUUGCUAAGAGCAUAAAUUCCUUAAGUACAGCAUCAACAUUCUUACUUACAGCUUCAACUUCUGUAAGUACAGCAUCACUUUCCGUAGUUUCUGCAUCAAGUUCUUUAAUUACUGUACAUAACAACAAAACAAUUUUCAUUGGUUGUGACACUUGAUUUCAUAGCUAAAGGCUAAAAUUCCUGAAUUACGUAAUGUUAUUUACAACGUUAAUCGCACAGAUAUAAAAGAAACUUUAUAGAUUACAGAAUCGCUCUUACAGAUACAAGAAUCAACUUCCUUAUUUAUAGCAAUGUCUUCCUUAGAUACAACUUUAAAUUCCUUACUUAUAUCAUCAGGGUUUUUUUUUUUACCGCUGUGGCAACCGCUUGCUGGGAGCAACCAAAAGACCAACAACAACAACAUCAUUAGGUUUAUUUUGUUACAGGAUCAACAUCCUGGGUUUCUGCACAGUCCACAGUAACUGCGUAUAUACUUAUUUACAGAACCAACUUUUUAGUUACAGCAUUAACUUCCUCAGUUACAGUAAUAACUUUCAUUGUUAGAAGCUGAGUGUCAGCUUAGUUACAGGAUCUUUUUGGCAUUGGAGGGACACCUAAAAGUAUCCCCGGUACUGCUAGGCAAAAUGGCAGCGUAUGAGUUUCUGGGGAACAUGCUGAUCUCGGAAGGGUCUUUUUUUAGCGUUGUUCUGUUUUAAAGUUCUCCAGAGUGAAACUAUUGCUACAAAUAUUUUGUAAAUAGCAUGUUAAUUUGUCUCUGUAAAAACUGUAGACACAAAAAACAAAACAAAAAACUUUUCAGCUUAGUAUAAUGGAUAAACAGUUUGACACUGACAUUCUAAUAAUGGCUUUUGUGUCAGCUUAAGUUUUGUAAUUCAUUAUUUCUCAAAACUGGUAUUUGGGCCCCUCAGAUGGAUUUGUACAGGUGCUGAGAAACUGGUGUGCCUUGACCUCAAGUUAAAAUAAAUGAUGUGCAUAAAGUCAUCACUAUCCAGAGGUAAAAUAACCUUGCAUAAUUUUAUUACAUUUUUACUUUCUUAGUUCAAUUACUUAAUGGAAGAUUCUGCAUAAUUUGCAUAGUUCAAAGUGUGUGGCCUGCAAAUUUCUGUUAAAGUGUAUUGGAGGUCACUUUUGUGCCGUCUCGUAUCCACCCCAAUAAAUACACUGAAUAAAAUAUGCACUUUGAGGUUUAACAGUGACCUUUAAGAAGUUAAAAACUAUUUUCUCACCAGCAACAGGAGGACCUGCACGCAUUUUCAAGGAUCUACGUGGAAUCUAUGUGGAACUACAUUAAAAUCUGACCAGGCCUGGAGAAGGACAUUACAAAAAAAAAAAUUAUAAUAAAAAUAGACGAAGAAGAAGAAGAAAAAAAGAAGCUUGUAUUGAUGGUACGGUUUGAUUUUAGAUGACAUAGGCACUAAGCUUGCAAAUUUUUAAGGUUGAUUGUAUAAUUUUGUAGUGCUGCAAACACCAAAAUGCAACAAUGUUUACCCUUAACAAACAUGCUGCAGAUGCAUUGAUGUUUUAAAAACUGAAUGUUUCUUGCCUUUCUUAUGCGAUCUGCUGCAUCUCUCGAAUGAGUAAUGGUGCUCCAAGAAAAUCCUGAAAAAAGAUGAUUGUAAAUGGUUUGGUUUGCAUUGGUACACCAUAUUCUGUAUUUUCCGCACUAUGUGUGUUUGUGCGUGUGUGUGUGUGUGUGUGCGUGAGAGUGCGUGUGUCGUUUUCAUAAAACUUUUUACCUCAAUAGCUGAUGGCUGGUUUUAUUUCUCUAAUGGAGUUGGAACAAUAAGGCGACUUCACACUGGAGCUGAUUAUGUGUGCCACCUGUAGGACAGCAGCGAUACUGCGCAGUGUGAAAAUUGAGAUGCACAUUAUCAUGGUUUAUAUUUAGAAACAUAUUAGACACAUAUUCUUAUGGUUUAUAUUUAUUCAUAUGGAAGACACUUUUUGUCUACUUACAGGAUAAAACGUGAUAUUUUAAAGAAAAAGAAAACAUCAUGCUGGCUUAUCACACUGUGAAUUUACUUUUACACUGUUAGAAAAAUUCUAACUUUUAUUUGUAUUCAAGAAGCAUCUUAAUCGCAAAAAAAAAGCAAACAUGCACCUUGUAGCGCAUUAUGCCCUGUACAUUACUGUAGUAAGGAAUAAAUCACUCUGGGACAUGCUGUUAUUGGAACACCACAACAGCUCAAGUGUUUUAUCAGCGUUUUACAAGCUACUUUUAUAGGCUACUUUUACAGACUACUUGGCUCAACCCUGAUCAGGAUUCUGUCUCCUUGCUUGUGUCGCAUGAACUUGAUAGAGCUUUUGACACCACUGAUCACGUUAUUCUCUUGAAUAAAUUAGAAAAUAUUACUGCCGUUAUGUAAACUUCCCUCUCCUACUGUAGCUCAGGUCUCAUUUGGCUGAUUGUAAUCUUUUUGUAGAUGCAAACGUGCAAAUAUACAGUUUGGUGUUCUGCAAGGUUCGGAUCUAGACCCACUGCUUUGUUUCUCUAUACUGUAUAUGAACAGUUUGAUUGCAUAAAUGCUAUUGUAGAUUUUCACUCAUUUUGGCAAAUUCUUUUCCAGAGCCAUGCAAGGCUGUCUAUAACAAAAUAUUUUUGUUAAACAUUUCUAGAUUUUGUUCUUCUACAAUCUUUGAACUAUCACUAGCACUGAUUUUUAUCAUUUGGCAGCCAUAAUUGCGCUUCAAAGUCAGAUUAAUGAAAGAAAAUGAAAUAGAGAGAUAAUGUUACAACACCUAAGAGAUGUUUCUAUCAUGUUUGCUAUUCUCGCAUUGUGUCCAUUACAUUCCUUUUUUUAAAUAAUGAUUUCUAAGUUAUGUUAUUACCUUGUGGGACUACAGACAUAUCACCAUAAGAUGCAUAAAUGACCAUUCUAAGUGAAAAUACAACUGGUAGAGGAGGAAGCUGAUGAUGCUGUACAUGGAAGUUUUUUAAAUAUUUUACAAUGUUUCUCAUGAUCUCCAGCACACUUUGUAAUUAAAAGGUUUUGUGUGGAGCAAAACAACACUUUCUCCCUGUUCAAGUUUUCUGCCAUGAACUGAUUUACUACAAAAUCAAAGCAUGAGUUUUCUAUCAUUUUUUUUAUAUCUAUGGUUGACUUUAAACGGCAUACCUAAAUAAUCAUUUACACAACUCCGGACUGAUUUAUCCACUGUGACAAAAUCGUAGGAGGUGGAUUUAUAGCAUUUUGCAAAAUUAACUCUGGUAUAAACAAAAUAAUUUUGACAUAAUAUUUUGCCAUUCAUGCUUUUUAACAUGUUAGUGACCUAUUAAAACCA